AAUAAAAUUGCUGCACUUAUGAGUUUGUUCUGCCACAGCUACAAUGGCACAGCAGGCAUCCUUUCGUGCAUUUGUUUCUGCAGGUUGGCUCGCAGGAGCCCUUAGGACCCGACCAUCCCUGAGGGUACUGGAUGCCACGUGGUACUCUCCAGGUGGAAAAAAUGCUCAGAAAGAAUUUGAAGAAAGGCAUAUUCCUGGGGCAUCAUUCUUUGACUUGGAGCAAUGCAAAGACCAGAAGUCACCUUAUGAAAUGAUGCUGCCCAGUCAGUCCACGUUUGCUAAGUUUGUGGGAAAUCUUGGUAUUAAUAACUCGAGUCAAGUGGUGGUCUACGACUCUGCUAAUUUAGGCAUGUUGUACGCCCCAAGGCUUUGGUGGAUGUUUCGCCUCUUUGGUCAUAACAAUGUGUCCGUGCUGGACGGUGGCUUGAAGAACUGGAUACAGCAGGGGUUUCCAGUGACAUCCGAAACCACAAAAGUGAAACCAGAGAAUUUCCAAACUGUGCUGAAUCCUAAACUGUUAAAGAGCUUUGAAGAAAUUCAGGAAAAUAUCAGUAGCAAAAAGUUCCAGGUGGCGGACGCUCGGUCAGAGUCGAGAUUCAAAGGACCAGAGCCAAAGCCUGGUGAAGACAUUGAACCAGGGCAUAUCAGAGGAUCUGUGAACCUUCCAUUUUCAAGCUUCCUAAGUAAAGAAGGAUAUGAGAAAUCCCCAGAUGAGCUCAAGCGGCUGUUUCAAGAAAAAGGUAUUGACCUAACAAAGCCAUUGACAGCCACUUGCCGCCGCGGUGUCACUGCCUGCCACAUAGCUCUAGCCUCCUUCGUAUUAGGUCAAGAGGAUACAGCUGUUUAUGACGGAUCCUGGUCUGAAUUUGUUCACAGAGGAAAACCUGAGCACAAGGUUUAUGAGAGAAAGAGCGGGAAGGCGUAAACGACAGAGUUCCUACAUUUUUAGGGUAAUAGAUAUCUCUGUGAAAGAAAUGUAAUACAAAACAAAAUGGCUGCCUAGUCAGCUUAAACAUUUAUUAAAAGUCUCAGAUACAUUUCUUUGCCAAGGAUACAGAAUAUUAUGUAUAACGAAAUAUUGUUAUAAGCUUUCAAAGCAUCUAUAUCUAGAAUAUUUUAAUGAAAAAUGAUCAAUGUUUUAUGAGCAAUGCACUGCCGAGUGACUGACAC